AUUUGUAACUGUAUUUUUCACAGAAUACAAGAAUUUUCAACAUUUUUUAGUUCGUAAUUUAAAACAUCGACAAGUUUCCAUUAAUUAUGGCUAGAAUAGAACGGCAGAAAGAAAUCAUAUCUAUAACACAUUUCAUCAAUCCCCAUCUAUUUUGGUAUCACAAAGUUGAUGCUUGUAGCGAGGAUUAUCACACCAUUCUUAAAAUUGAAAAGGAACUUGGGGAAUACUACAACAACCGUCAAGGUGGUACACAAGCUAUACGACGUCCGCAAAUUAAUGAACUGGUCGCUGUAAAAUUCCUAUCUUGGAAUAAAUUGAUACGUGCACGAGUUGAUCAUAUAGCUAGUUUUGGAAAAAAUGUAUUGGAAGGUGAAUUCAUAAUGUGGGCACUAGAUUAUGGUUUUCCGUUUCAAACAAGAGCAGAUCAUAUUUUUCGGUUACCACAUAAAUUAACAAAACCUGUUGAUUACAUACGUUGUGGUGGCUUGGCAAAUAUCGUGCCAGCGGAAGAGUUUUUCAUGAAAAAUACAAUGGUGAAAAAGAUAUCAAACAAAUGGCAUCAGCGGGCUAAUGACAUCAUUGAAAAAGCUAUAAAUGACUCGGAAUUUAUAGUAUUCAUCAAGGAGUUUGAUUUGAACCAACAAGAUUGGGGAGAACUAGUAAUUAAAACUAAUAUGGGCGUUAAAUAUCGUGUAAAGGAUCAUCUAAUAUCCUUGCAUUUGGCAACUGAAACUGUAGCGAAUUUCCGAGAUGAAUGCCAAAAAUUAAAGACCACCAAAAUUGCGCCAUGGAUGUGUAAUAACGGUAAUAGCAAAUUUUAUACAAAUCGGGCUUAUAUUUUCCCCGGAGUCGUUGGCAUAACGCAUAAUGCAAGUAAAUGUCCCGAAUUACCGUUUGACAUUAAAGCCAAGAAAAAAGUAGAUGAUUGGUAUGAACGCAAUCUUGCAACUGGGCAAGAUACCAAAUUCCUUGAUACAACCAAUGAGUAUACGACAACUGAAGAAACACUGCUUGAUUCUGUUUCAAUUCCAAAGGACGAUCAACAUGAACAGGAGUUGCCGGAAAUGGAGGAAGAUGAGGAAUCGCAGCAAAUGAAGCUUGGUGGUAUACUUUCAAAAUCGAUAGCAGAAAGAUAUAGUAAUGGCCAAUCAUCGACACCACGUCGGCCCCAUGACGGUGACUUUGAAUUGAGCGCUGAAAAUACUAAAGCAAAUAAAACCAUAGAAACUAUUGAAAGUGAAAUUAGCUCAAUAAGGUAUUUACAAUUAGACGAUUCUACGGUGAAUUUACCAAACAUAAACAACAAUAAUAUUAGUCAGAAAGAAAAAUUGAGUGAAAGUGCAGUGGAACCUCAUACGAUUUUUGCCAAGCAGAAUGAAGUAGAAGAACAUAGCAAAACGGAUGCCAUAUUUAAUAAUGUUGGGACGUUUGUUAACGAUUUGAUCACUUUUCGAAAACAGUAUAAUGAGAAAAAACUGGAAGAAAAAACAUUAAGAGCAGCUGAAGCAAACAACUUUCCCCCAAAGGAUUUUGACCUAAAGGAGGUUGAUAAUUCAAAAAUAGCAACUACUAAGCCAAAAGUCAAAUCUAAGCAAGAGGUUACAAGUUUGAACUCAACUUUCCAUGGACUGCGUAUGGUGCCAGCGGGAUAUGACUUGAUGAAUUUAUGUGAUUAUAAUGAUAAGGAGCAUUGGCAUUGUAAAAAGAGUACACUCAAUGAACGUGUACCUUAUUGA